AUGGCGGUAUUCACCUCGGAUGUUCUCUUGAGGAUCAAGAGGAUUCGGCCCCAGCUGUCAAAGGAGAAGAUUGAGGGCUGUCACAUCUGCACUUCUGUCACCCCGGGGGAGCCCCAGGUCCUUCUGGGGAAGGACAAGGCCUUCACCUAUGACUUUGUCUUCGACCUGGACACCUGGCAGGAACAGAUCUAUUCGACCUGUGUGAGCAAGCUCAUCGAGGGCUGUUUCGAGGGCUACAAUGCCACAGUGCUGGCCUAUGGGCAGACAGGGGCCGGGAAGACGUACACUAUGGGCACUGGCUUCGACACGGCAACAUCGGAGGAGGAGCAAGGCAUCAUUCCGAGGGCCAUCGCACACCUCUUUGGGGGCAUUGCUGAGCGGAAACGGCGGGCACAGGAGCAGGGUGUGGCUGGGCCUGAGUUCAAAGUCAGCGCUCAGUUCCUGGAGCUCUACAACGAGGAGAUCCUUGACCUGUUUGAUAGCACCCGUGACCCUGACGCCCGCCACCGCAGGUCCAACAUCAAGAUCCACGAGGACGGGAACGGUGGCAUCUACACCACGGGCGUCACUUCCCGCCUCAUCACCUCCCAGGAGGAGCUGAUCCAGUGCCUGAAGCAGGGGGCCCUGUCCCGCACCACGGCCAGCACCCAGAUGAACGUGCAGAGCUCCCGCUCACACGCCAUCUUCACCAUCCACGUGUGCCAGAUGCGAGUGUGCAGCCAGCCCGACCCAGUGAAUGAGGCUGUGACUGGGCUUCCUGAGGGCACGGCUCCCACAAGUGAGUAUGAGACGCUCACUGCUAAGUUUCACUUUGUGGACCUGGCCGGCUCAGAGCGGCUGAAGCGGACGGGGGCCACUGGCGAGCGGGCCAAGGAGGGCAUCUCCAUCAACUGCGGCCUGCUGGCCUUGGGCAACGUGAUCAGCGCAUUGGGGGACCAGAGCAAGAAGGUGGUACACGUGCCCUACAGGGACUCCAAGCUCACCCGGCUCCUCCAGGACUCGCUGGGAGGCAACAGCCAGACCAUCAUGAUUGCCUGUGUGAGCCCCUCAGACCGGGACUUCAUGGAGACGCUCAACACGCUCAAGUACGCCAAUCGGGCCCGCAACAUCAAGAACAAGGUGGUGGUGAACCAGGACAAGACGAGCCAGCAGAUCAGCGCUCUGCGGGCCGAGAUCGCGCGCCUGCAGAUGGAGCUAAUGGAGUACAAGGCGGGCAAGAGGGUGAUCGGAGAGGACGGUGCCGAGGGCUACAGUGACCUGUUCCGGGAGAAUGCCAUGCUGCAGAAGGAGAAUGGGGCGCUGCGUCUGCGGGUAAAGGCCAUGCAGGAGGCCAUCGAUGCCAUCAACAACCGCGUCACCCAUCUCAUGAGCCAGGAGGCCAAUCUGCUCCUCGCCAAGGCCGGUGAUGGCAAUGAGGCCAUUGGUGCUCUGAUCCAGAACUACAUCCGGGAGAUUGAGGAGCUGCGGACGAAGCUCCUGGAGAGCGAGGCCAUGAAUGAGUCCCUGCGCCGCAGCCUGUCUCGGGCCUCAGCUCGGAGCCCCUACUCACUGGGUGCAUCUCCGGGGGCUCCCGCCUUUGGGGGCAGCCCGGCCAGCUCCAUGGAGGAUGCCUCUGAGGUGAUCCGCAGGGCCAAGCAGGACCUGGAGCGGCUCAAGAAGAAGGAGGUCAGGCAGCGGAGAAAGAGUCCAGAGAAGGAGGCCUUCAAAAAGAGGGCAAAACUCCAACAGGAAAACAGUGAGGAGACCGACGAGAAUGAAGCUGAGGAGGAGGAGGAAGAGCGAGACGAGAGUGGCUGUGAGGAGGAGGAGGGGCGUGAGGACGAAGACGAGGACUCGGGCAGUGAGGAGAGCCUGGUGGACUCGGACUCAGACCCUGACGAGAAGGAGGUGAACUUCCAGGCAGACCUGGCCGACCUGACGUGCGAGAUCGAGAUCAAGCAGAAACUGAUCGACGAGCUGGAGAACAGCCAGCGGCGGCUGCAGACUCUCAAGCACCAGUAUGAGGAGAAGCUGAUUCUCCUGCAGAACAAGAUCCGAGACACGCAGCUGGAGCGAGACCGCGUGCUGCAGAACCUCAGCACCAUGGAGUGCUACACGGAGGAGAAGGCCAACAAGAUCAAGGCGGACUAUGAGAAGAGGCUGCGGGAGAUGAACCGAGACUUGCAGAAGCUGCAGGCCGCACAGAAGGAGCACGCGCGGCUGCUCAAAAACCAGUCCCGCUAUGAGAGGGAGCUGAAGAAGCUGCAGGCCGAGGUGGCUGAGAUGAAGAAGGCCAAGGUGGCCCUGAUGAAGCAGAUGCGUGAAGAGCAGCAGCGGCGGCGGCUGGUGGAGACUAAGAGGAACCGGGAGAUCGCUCAGCUCAAGAAGGAACAGCGGCGACAGGAGUUUCAGAUCCGAGCUCUGGAGUCCCAGAAGCGGCAGCAGGAAAUGGUCCUGAGGAGGAAAACCCAGGAGGUUUCUGCACUGAGGCGCCUGGCCAAGCCCAUGUCUGAGAGGGUGGCGGGGCGUGCAGGACCGAAGCCACCCAUGCUGGACUCGGGGGCUGAGGUGUCAGCCAGUACCACCUCAUCUGAGGCCGAAUCAGGGGCCCGCUCUGUCUCCAGCAUCGUGCGCCAGUGGAACCGCAAAAUCAAUCACUUCUUGGGGGACCACCCCGCGCCUGCCGUCAACGGCACCCGCCCCGCCAGAAAGAAGUUCCAGAAGAAGGGGGCCAGCCAGAGCUUUAGUAAGGCUGCCAGGCUCAAGUGGCAGUCCCUGGAGCGGAGGAUCAUUGACAUCGUCAUGCAGAGGAUGACCAUUGUCAACCUGGAGGCUGACAUGGAGCGGCUCAUCAAGAAAAGGGAGGAGCUGUUCCUCCUGCAGGAGGCGCUGCGGAGGAAGCGGGAGCGGCUGCAGGCUGAGAGCCCGGAGGAGGAGAAGGGGCUGCAGGAGCUGGCGGAGGAGAUCGAGGUGCUGGCAGCCAACAUUGACUACAUCAACGACAGCAUCACCGACUGCCAGGCCACCAUCGUGCAGCUGGAGGAGACCAAGGAGGAGCUGGACUCCACGGACACAUCGGUGGUCAUCAGUUCCUGCUCCCUGGCCGAAGCCCGUCUCUUGCUGGACAAUUUCCUCAAGGCGUCCAUUGACAAGGGGCUACAAGUGGCACAGAAGGAGGCCCAGAUCCGGCUGCUAGAGGGACGGCUGAGGCAGACAGACAUAGCGGGUUCCUCCCAGAACCACCUGCUCCUGGAUGCCCUGCGGGAGAAGGCUGAGACACACCCUGAACUGCAGGCCCUCAUCUACAACGUGCAGCAGGAGAAUGGUUAUGCCAGCACAGAUGAGGAGAUCUCAGAGUUCUCUGAGGGGAGCUUCUCCCAGUCAUUCACCAUGAAGGGUUCCACCAGCCAUGAUGAUUUCAAGUUCAAGGGUGAGCCCAAGCUGUCUGCCCAAAUGAAGGCUGUGUCGGCCGAGUGCCUGGGUCCCCCACUGGAUAUCUCCACCAAGAACAUCACCAAGUCCCUGGCCUCCCUUGUCGAGAUCAAAGAGGAUGGAGUGGGCUUCUCCAUCCGAGACCCCUACUACCGGGACAAGGUCUCACGCACCAUCAGCCUGCCCACCAGAGGCAGUACUUUCCCCCGGCAGUCUCGAGCCACGGAGACAUCACCACUGACCCGAAGGAAGUCGUAUGACCGAGGGCAGCCCAUUAGGUCCACAGAUGUGGGAUUCACGCCCCCUUCGUCCCCUCCUACUCGGCCCCGCAACGACCGUAACGUCUUCUCUCGUCUCACCAGUAAUCAGAGCCAAGGGUCAGCACUGGACAAGUCUGAUGACAGCGACUCCUCUUUGUCGGAGGUCCUGAGGGGCAUCAUCACCCCCGUUGGAGGAGCCAAGGGUGCGAGGACAGCCCCACUGCAGUGCGUCUCCAUGGCCGAGGGCCACACCAAGCCCAUCCUCUGCCUGGACGCCACGGAUGAGCUGCUGUUCACAGGAUCCAAAGACCGCAGCUGUAAGAUGUGGAACUUGGUCACAGGCCAGGAGAUCGCGGCGCUAAAGGGCCACCCCAACAACGUGGUGUCUAUCAAGUACUGCAGCCAUUCUGGGCUUGUGUUCUCCGUGUCUACCUCCUACAUCAAGGUGUGGGACAUCCGGGACUCUGCCAAGUGCAUUCGGACCCUCACGUCCUCGGGUCAGGUGACCUCAGGCGACGCCUGUGCUGCCACAUCCACCCGCGCUAUCACCAGCGCUCAGGGGGAGCAUCAGAUCAACCAGAUCGCCCUCAGCCCUUCAGGCACCAUGCUGUAUGCUGCCUCGGGCAAUGCCGUCCGCAUCUGGGAGCUCAGCAGGUUCCAGCCCGUUGGCAAGCUGACUGGCCACAUUGGCCCUGUGAUGUGCCUGACGGUCACCCAGACCGCCAGCCAGCACGACCUGGUGGUGACGGGCUCCAAGGACCACUACGUUAAGAUGUUCGAGUUGGGCGAGUGUGUGACCGGCACCAUUGGCCCCACCCACAACUUUGAGCCCCCGCACUAUGAUGGCAUCGAGUGUCUUGCCAUCCAGGGAGACAUCCUCUUCAGUGGCUCCCGGGAUAAUGGCAUCAAGAAAUGGGACCUGGAACAGCAGGAGCUCAUCCAGCAAAUCCCCAAUGCACACAAGGACUGGGUGUGUGCCCUGGCCUUUGUCCCGGGCCGCCCCAUGCUGCUGAGCGCCUGCCGCGCGGGCGUCAUCAAGGUCUGGAACGUGGAUAACUUCACGCCCAUCGGAGAGAUCAGGGGUCACGACAGCCCCAUCAACGCCAUCUGCACCAAUGCCAAGCACAUCUUCACUGCUUCCAGUGACCUGACGGUGAAGUUCUGGAGUGUUCGGCGGUUACCCGGUGGCCCACCCUAG